AUGGCCGAGGACCCCUGUGUCGCCGUCGAGCUGUCUAAGCGCCGCGUCGCCAAGAAGGCCUACACCGCCAGCGGCGCCGAGUCCGUGAGGAGGUCUAUGCCAGCUGUCGACUUCGCGGCGGGCCGCAGUGGAGGCCUGGGGCCGAGGUCCUCCCUCAGGAGCAGCAAGGAGAUGAAGAAGGCUUCCGCCGCGUCUGGCGCGGUUUCCGUGGCCAUCAAGGAGAGGAGGGUCAACCCCAGGUCGUCGGCUCGCCGGUUCUGA